UCGUUCAGGUCAUCGUUCCCUUGUCCCACCACCCGCAUCGCCUUUCGUCAACCGCACCGACCGACCGAAAUCAUUGCCCUUUCUGUUGCCAUCACCAUCUAGGCAGAUCAGGGAUUCGCCAUCCCCCUCACGAUACGCGAGCAGGCAUCAUGAGCACUGGGACGGUAUGGGGAAGCGGAAGUGGAAAGGCACAGACAGCAUGAGCACAGCACAGGAGAUGAUGAUGGCCGGCGACGAGGACGACAUCAUCAGCCAGUCAACAUGUUCACCGGCCGGCUAGGCGCUUCUUUCUCUCUUUACUAUCUGUGGACUCGGCCAUGGACAAUUUGAUAGGUGAUACUGCUUACGGUGUACACCGUCACCAUGGCGCGGUUUGCCCAAUAUCGCGAGGCCUCGACUUUGGUCCAGCUCUAUCAACCCUUAAAGUCGCUCAGAGAGUGUACCACACCACAAGAGGAUGCCGUGCGCCUUCACACGGUCCAGGACCUCAACGUCCUGCGAUAUGGGCAGCCAAUCAUGGCCAAUCACCAAAGGCCCAAACACCAAAAAGGGAUCUACCAAAAACCACCGCCUCCACCACCUCCACCACGUCCCGCUCGCAGCUCGUCAUCUUCGAUACCUCCGAAUGGCGCCUUUUCCAACGGCCUAGUCGGUCUUGACUGGCCCUUGCAGGGUCUUGUCCCCUGCACCUCUGUGGUGCUUGCCUUGAUGGCUUGUGGCCUGCGAGAGAGCAGUCAUGCAAUGCUGGCUUGUCAGCUUGUACACACCACAGUAGUGUAAGUUAUGGCCCAACGGCUAGACUGUGGUUGGAAAGUUCCUAUCCCGCUCGAACACGCGACGUGGUCAACCUCUUUGUACCUUCAGCCAGUUGCGGUGCCGCGGGAAUCGCGAGAUAUAUAUUAUGACGUUGAUGACCGGCGGCCAUCGUCGUCCUGCUUGCCCAUCCCACCGGCCUUUUCCUAGACAUCUGUCGUCUCGACUCUUUGUGUUUCCAACAAGGGACACCCAGCGUCGGUGUAUGGUUGAUAGUGUAAGCUUCAGCAACGCGGCAAAAGGUUCGUGGAUAGUCUUUGUUGUCUGUGUGUCUUUCAUUGUUACAGCGAGGUAUCCCGCCGGCCCCCCCAGUUGGACCCCUCGGAACACCCUCGAGGACCCUUAUCGCAGACAAGUGAUCGACCAGAGUCAGUCGAUCGCUUCUAGAACGCUUACCCUACCUAUCAUCCGCCACCGCCCAUCCGUUUUUCGCAGCUCGAGCCCAGGACCCCAACAUACUGGGGGCUCGUGUCCCCCUGCUUGUCGCGUUUCGGUCGCCUGCCGCCUCUCGUGGACCCUUACACACUUUGGGCCUCACCUUGGGGCUAUAAAUCUCCCUGUUCCAGUUCCUGUUUCUUUGUUGGGAUGAGGAACCAUUUAUUGCUGCGAGUUAUCCAAGCUGUCUUACUCGCUGGCCCAACAUAUAUCAAACCUUCGUUUGAUAGUUGAGUGUGUUUCGGUCCAACCAUAUAACCUUUCACCACGUCAGCACGCCCCGGCGGCGUUUCCUCCUCUUGCCCUCGCUUCUCGCUAUCUGAACCUCCAUCCGGAUACGAUAUCUCCAUCCGAUCGAGGUCCAGUUAGACUUAGUUGCCCAUCAUGCACGGCUACUCGUCGUCCUCCGAGUCGGACGAGGAAUACAGCUAUCGUCGGAACAAGGGGAAGAUUCCGGUCCCCGCCAACUCCAGCGAAGCCACCAAGAAACAGAAGAAGAAGCUCAAGCUACCUCCUCAACAAUCCAUAAACCGCAUCUGGAAACGUUUCAGCAGCAAGAGGUUCCACAAGGCUUUGGCAAUCUUGCCCUUCGAUCCUGUCUUGCCGCCCACCAUCUCCGACCGGUCUAAUGAACUGCUCAACGAGGGGUACGAGCGAGCUGCUGAAGAAUGCCGAAGAAAAGUCAGAAAGAUUAUUCAAGAAUGCAAGAGGGUGAACACACGGUAUCGGGAUCCCGGCUGGGACUUGGACUGGGAUCUUAAGAUGGAAAAGGGUCACUGCCUAAACAGCUUGGGCCGAACCAAGUUUGAUUUGAGCGCGUCUACAUUGCAAAACCCCAACUCUACCGUGCCCAAAGCGGUAAAGCGUGUACACGAGAUCUACGAGAAGCCUACAUUCAUGGCCAAGAUUGAGGGCUCGGACGUCAAGCAGGGCAGCUUGGGAGACUGCUGGCUGAUUGCUAGCUUGUCUGGCCUUGCCAACGUUAAGGAUGGUAUCCAACGGAUAUGCGUCGAAUACGACACCCGGAUCGGCAUUUACGGAUUUGUCUUUUACAGAGAUGGCGAGUGGAUCUACUCAAUUAUCGAUGACAAGUUGUACCUCAAGUCGCCUUGCUGGGAUUCACCUAGCAUGCAGCGUAACUUGCUACAGCAAAUCGAUCGCGAAGAUGUCGAACGGGUGUAUCGUCAAACUUAUCAGACCGGUUCCAAGGCCCUCUUUUUUGGCCAAUGCAAGGACCAGAACGAGACCUGGGUGCCUUUGAUCGAGAAGGCCUAUGCCAAGGCUCAUGGCGACUAUGCUUCCCUGUCCGGAGGAUGGAUUGGCGAGGGUUUGGAAGAUCUCUCUGGCGGUGUUACAACCGAGCUGCUGGCUUCCGACAUCCUCGACCUUGACGGGUUCUGGGAAAACGAACUCAGCAGGGUCAACGAUGAGUUCCUGUUCGGUUGCAGCACAGGCUUGCUUGACGGCGGUUAUGGCGAGCGUGAAGGCAUUUCCGAAGGGCAUGCCUACGUCGUAAUGGAAGCAAGGACAUUGAAAGACGGCACACGUCUCGUCAAGCUUAGGAAUCCCUGGGGUAAGACCAAAAAGGGAAUUUGGGAAGGCGCGUGGUCGGACGGUUCCAAGGAGUGGACCACCGAUGUCCAGGAAGAGCUCGGUCAUCAGUUCGGCAGCGACAGCGUCUUCUGGAUUUCCUACGAAGACCUGUUGCGCAAGUAUCAGCACUUUGACCGCACUCGUCUGUUCCGCGACCCUGACUGGCGUUGCUGUCAGAGAUGGAUCGGUGUCGAGGUGCCAUGGAAGCCUCAGUACAACGAGAAAUUCCACUUCAAGCUGACUCGUGAGUCGCCCUUGGUAUUGGUCCUCAGCCAGCUCGACAACCGGUACUUCAAGGGUCUCCAUGGUCAAUACUCCUUCCGUCUACACUUCCGUGUCCACGAACAACAUAGGCCCAACGCUGAAGACUACAUUGUCCGUAGCCACGGUAACUAUUUGAUGGACCGGUCAGUAUCUAUUGAGCUGCCCUCCAUGUUACCUGGCAACUAUAGUGUCUUCAUCAGCGUCAUUGGAGAGCGCAACACCAAUCAGCCCAGCAUUGAGGAUGUGGUGAAGCGGGAAUGCAAGAAGCGUGUCGAGAACGAGAAGCUCGCCCAAGUCGGAUAUGCCUACGAUCUUGCCCACAGCAAGGCUGCCGCCCAUCUGGAAGCUGUGAAGGCCCUUCGGAAGAAGGCCGACCAGAAGAAGGCUAGCGAUGCUCGUCAGAAGGAGCGUCAUCGUUUGUGGGAAAAGCGUCACCUCAACCGCCAGAUCACCAAGAAGCAGGGUCGCAAGAACAACCAGAAACUCGAGGCCAAGCAAGCCGCGCGCGAGGAGAAGAAGCGUCGUGAGGAGGAACUGAAGCCAAAGGAUGUCGGUGUUCAGACUGAGGAGACCAAGAACCAGGAGAAGCCAGAGGAGAAGAAGGCCGAUGAAACAAAGCUCGUCGAACAAGCCAAGAAGACCGAGUCGGGCUCUGAUACUGACAAGCAAGACGUUAAGGCUGCCGAGGCUAACGGAAGUCCUCAAGGCACACCUCUUGCCACGCCUGCUGAGACACCAGCGGUCGAGAAGACCGAGAGUCAAGCUUCCGGUGGCGUGAGCGCUGUGACCAAGGCUGAAGAGAAGUCUGAUCACAAGGCCGACCAAGAAGGCAAUGUUCCUUCAUCGGGCAGCUCCGAAGCCUCUAGCGGUCCUUCCUACACUCCCAAGACUGAUAACUCCGUAGCCGACGCUGCAGAUGAGAAAGACAAGGAGAAGGUCCCUGUCCCUCCUGCUACCGACUCCAAGGUAUCUGGUGGACCUCCUGCUGCCGCUGAGAAGAAGUCCGAGGACAAGCCCGCCGCUAAGAGCAGUCCACCGAAGAAGAAGUCACCCAACAUGUACGUCACUUCGGAUGGUGAGUCGAGCGCCUCCCCCAUCGAAGACUGGGAAGAGCUCUAUAGCUCCGACGACAUGACACGCAAGCCGCGCAUGAACGCAGCUCCUGCUCCCGGAAGCGUCAUGGUCAGCAAGUACAAGGACGAUACCGAGGACGAAAACGAGCCGGAUCCGUGGAAUGCUAUCUGCGUCGUCGGUCUUCGGGUGUACUCCAAGGACGAGGAUCUCGAGCUGCGCAUCGUCAUGGAGGGCGGCGAGCUUGAGGAAGGCGGUAUGGGUGAGAAGGGUGGAGUCGAUCUCGAUAACGCUCAGGCCAAUGCUGGUGGUGCGAGAAUCAGGAAGGAGGGUGAAGGAGAAGAUGCGUAUGAGGGCGAUAGUGAGGAGGAGAGGAAGAAGGGAAAGCAUAAGCAGAGGAGGUAUUCGGUUAUUGUGCAAAAGGGUAAGGGUGAGGAGGAGUAUGAAAGUGCGGUGGAGAGUCAGAAGGAGGCUUGGUGAUGGGCUUAGACUGCAUUUGAGCGCGAGCAUGCAUUAGAGGAGAGCGAUUGCGGUUGUUUGGGUUCUUUACUUGUUUAAUCUUUGGGCACAUGGAUGGGUUCGAUCCCCAUUCUAUCUUUUCUGGCAUUCAAAGGCGAGGGAACACAUCACACACGGACCCAAGGUAAUGAUCUGGAUAGACGGCGUUCAGGCUUACUUUGGAUGGGUGACAGAAGUGGUACGGAAUGGUGGUGGAUGAUACCUAGUGUUUUGGUUAGCAUGGCAAUUUACUGAGCUCGAACUCCACUUGAUCAAUUUGCCCAUAUCAAUAUCUUUUUGAUACAAUUAUACAAGUGAACUUGAUGAAAUUUGAAG